AAUGUUGAUGUUUCAGAAAUUCAAAUGAUGAUUUUUCUCCAAAUAAAGCAGUGAAAUAAGAAGCAUCAUGUCUUUGAAUAUCAUAACAUGGCAUACAUAGUGAGGUAUGCAUGCGUCGGUUAGUGAAACGUUGCAGGUCUGUGGUACAAUACAGUACAGUGUGUUAUGAGGUUCGUUGGAAAGGAGGAAAAAAAAAAAAGAAAAAGUUUGGGAGUCCCUGCUGCCUCACCAAACUCCGCCCAGUAACAGGCGUGGUUUGCUGAGGCAGAGGGCAAUGCGCUCCGCUCCCUCCCUCCCUCUCUCUGUACAUUCACUGGCUGUCACAGCAGCGGCUACAACACCAACAGUAUCAGCAACCCACUCUCCGCGUCGCUUCACCUUUCUCCGUACCGUCUACAUCCCCGCAGACAUGGACCUGGAGGUGCUAACGCACAAGGCGCACUCGCUUCUCAUCCAACCCGCGUUUGCACUCUAGCUGUGCGCUCCCCGGGCCCGAGGCACGCAGCCCUCUGCUUGCUGCUGCUGUCCAUAAGGAGACUGUUGUUAUUUUGUCGCUGAGACAUCACUGUUGUAGGACAAGAAGAGACUGAGCAGCAGGAGAGGACCACACAGUCGUGACAGCAAAGAGGCCGAUUUCAGGAUAUCGUGGAAACUGAGAGCGGCUUUCGGUCUCAUCCAUCAUGGCGAGUGACUCUCCAGCUCGGAGUCUGGAUGAAAUCGACCUGUCCGCUCUGAGGGAUCCUGUUGGCAUCUUUGAGCUUGUUGAGUCGGUGGGAAACGGCACCUAUGGGCAGGUAUUCAAGGGUCGCCAUGUUAAGACGGGCCAGCUUGCCGCCAUCAAGGUCAUGGAUGUCACCGGGGACGAGGAAGAGGAGAUUAAAGCCGAAAUUAACAUGCUGAAGAAGUACAGUCACCACCGGAACAUCGCCACCUACUACGGAGCUUUCGUCAAGAAAAACCCUCCCGGCGUAGAUGACCAGCUAUGGCUGGUCAUGGAGUUCUGUGGAGCCGGCUCGAUCACAGACUUGAUCAAGAACACCAAGGGCAAUUCUCUGAAAGAGGAGUGGAUCGCCUACGUCUGCCGAGAGAUUCUCAGGGGUCUGACUCAUCUCCAUCAGCACAAGGUCAUCCACAGAGACAUCAAGGGACAGAACGUCCUGCUGACUGAGAACGCAGAGGUCAAACUAGUGGACUUUGGUGUUUCGGCCCAGUUGGACAGAACAGUAGGAAGGAGGAACACGUUCAUCGGGACACCGUAUUGGAUGGCGCCAGAGGUUAUCGCCUGUGACGAAAACCCGGACGCCACGUACGACUUCAAGAGUGAUUUAUGGUCACUGGGUAUCACAGCAAUUGAGAUGGCCGAAGGAGCACCACCACUGUGUGACAUGCACCCGAUGAGAGCUCUCUUCCUCAUCCCACGCAACCCGGCCCCCAGACUAAAGUCAAAGAAGUGGUCGAAGAAAUUCCAGUCGUUCAUAGAGAGCUGUUUGGUAAAGAGCCACAGCCAGAGACCCAGCACAGAGCAGCUCCUCAAACACCCGUUCAUCAGAGACCUGCCCAACGAGAGGCAGAUCCGCAUCCAGCUGAAGGACCACAUCGACCGCACCAAGAAGAAGAGAGGAGAGAGGGAUGAGACAGAGUACGAGUACAGCGGCAGUGACGAGGAGGACGAAGAAAGAGACGUGGGUGAACCGAGCUCCAUCAUCAACGUCCCCGGCGAGUCAACCCUGAGGCGGGACUUCCUGCGCCUCCAGCUGGCCAAUAAGGAGCGCUCGGAAGCGCAGCGGAGGCAGCAGCUGGAGCAGCAUCAAAAUGAGGAGCACAAGCGCUUACUGUUGGCCGAGAGGCAGAAACGCAUCGAGGAGCAGAAGGAGCAGAGGAGGCGGCUGGAGGAGCAGCAGCACCGAGAGCGUGAGCUGAGGAAACAGCAAGAGAGGGAACAGAGGAGGCGCUACGAGGAAAUGGAGCAACUCCGCAGAGAGGAGGAGAGGAGGCAUGCAGAGAGAGAACAGGAGUAUAUCCGUAGGCAGCUGGAAGAGGAACAGAGGCAGUUAGAGAUUCUCCAGCAGCAGCUACUACAGGAACAGGCAUUACUGCUGGAGUACAAACGUAAGCAGAUAGAGGAGCAGCGGCAGGCGGAAAGGCUACAGAGGCAGCUCCAGCAGGAGAGGGCCUUCCUGGUGUCUCUACAACAGCAGCAGCAGCAGCAGCAGCAGCAGCAGCAGCAACCGGAGGGAAGGCAAGCAGAGAAGAAACCGCUUUACCACUACAAAGAUAUCAUCAAUCCUAAUGACAAGCCUGCCUGGGCUAAAGAGGUCCCGAAGCAGCAGCAUGUUAUGGGUAACCCGCCCCCCUCCCAACUACGACAACAUCAGUCAUUCAACCUACCGGCUUCAUCCUCUGGCAUUCACGGCCAACACAGAGCUCAGGCCCCUAAGCGAACCACAUCCCAUUGUACCCAACUCUCCACGAACGUCCCCCAAAUUUGUAUUUCACUAGAGCCCGGAGAACAACUAGAUCCGGGGCUGAAGCAGGAUAUAAGUCAGAAAGUCCGAGAACUUAGGGCUCAGAAACUAAAUGAGAGGGGUCGCAGCCCAGGGCCCAGCAGGGAACACAACCAGGCUGCUGGGCAUGGGCCCAGUAAGGGACCCAGUAAGAGUCAUUCUAGUCAAGGUCUAGUCAGCCAGUCUAAUGUAGCACACAAACCUUAUCUUCUGCCCAGUAAUCAGAAGGAGAAGCCCAGAGACAGGCCUCUCUCUACCCCCAGUCAGGCAGCCAUCCAGAGGCAUGUGUCCCCCGACUCAAAGCUUAAGGCCCCCCAGGCUUAUCCUCAGUCCCAAGGAGAGGUCCAGAGACCCCAGUCUGGAUCUAUUUCUCUUUCCAUUCCUGCAAUCAACCUGGUGGAGGAGCGAUCUAAGCUGAACAGACAGAGCUCCCCAGCGCUGCAGCAUAAAGUGUCCAACCGCAUCUCCGACCCCUCCCUCCCUCCCCGCUCCGAGUCCUUCAGCAGCGGGGGCAUGCAGCCCGCCCGCACCCCACCCAUCCACCGCUCCAUCGAACCACAGAUGGCCCACCUGGUUCCGGUGAAGACCCACACAAGCUCCAUGUCUGGCUCUCAGUCUCUGCAGGACCAGACGGGCUCAGCUCUCAGCGAGAGCGUCAGUGUGGGCUCCCCUAGGCCCGAGAUGCCAAGGCAGAACUCGGACCCCACUUCUGACACCCCGGGACCUCCGCUACGCAUCACAGGCAGGGAAGAACGGGAUAGGGACAGAGACAGGGACAGGACCGCCUGGCUGAGAGAGGAGGACAUGCCACCCAAGGUUCCACAGAGGACCACUUCCAUCUCCCCAGCCCUGGUCAGGAAGAACUCCCCUAAUGGAGGAGUCGGUCUGGGCCCUCGCACAGGUUCUCAGCUCAUACGGGCCAGUAACCCAGACCUGCGGCGCUCGGAGCUCUCUCUGGACGCCAUGCUGCAAAGAACUUCCUCCAACUCGUCCUCCUCCUCCUCCCCUUCAUCUCAGGGAGGCUCGGCUGAGAGGAGAGGUCAAACCAAGCAGGAAGGAUCCCCUCCAGGAGCCAAUCAGGAAGCGAAGCCCAAACAGGAAGAAGGCCGUGAAUCAGCCAGGCCCAGCAGACCAGCAAGCUAUAAGAAAGCCAUAGAUGAGGAGGAGCUGGACCUAAGUGCAUUGGCUAAGGAACUCAGAGAACUGAGGGUAGAGGAAGGCAGCAGGCCUCCAGUCAAGGUAACCGACUACUCGUCCUCUAGUGAAGAUUCAGAGAGCAGCGACGAGGAUGGGGAGACGGUUGGACACGAUGGGACUGUUGCUGUUAGCGACAUCCCUCGCAUCAUGCCAGCAGUGCAGAGCAGCGGUGAGUCGUAUGGAGGGCUGACAGAGGACUCUCUGGGAGAUGCCUAUAAUAGCUCCAAGGACAGCACUUUAGUGAUGAGAGAGGCGGAGGAGAGGAGGAGAGGUGGUCACACUGAGAGUAAUGGGUUCGGUAACCACGGUAACCUCCCUGACCUGGUGCAGCAAAGCAACUCUCCCUCCGCCACACCCACCACAGCCCUUCAGGAACUGGGCGACAUGCCUGAGUUUGGCCUGGGUGGGUCCAAAGCGUCCUUCACCCCGUUUGUUGAUCCACGUGUCUAUCAAACCUCCCCAAGUGAAGAUGAUGAUGAAAACUCAGCAGCAGCCAUGUUUGCUAAUGAGCUGCUGAGGCAGGAGCAAGCCAGACUAAGUGAAGCCAGAAAGAUCUCCGUGGUCAACGUCAACCCGACCAACAUCAGACCCCACAGUGACACGCCAGAGAUCCGCAAAUACAAGAAACGCUUCAACUCUGAGAUCCUGUGUGCUGCACUCUGGGGUGUGAACCUGCUGGUAGGAACAGAGAAUGGUCUUAUGCUGCUUGACCGAAGUGGACAAGGAAAAGUCUAUAACCUGAUCACCAGACGGCGUUUCCUACAGAUGGAUGUGCUGGAGGGGCUCAAUGUGUUAGUCACCAUAUCUGGGAAAAAGAAUAAGUUGCGUGUCUACUACCUGUCCUGGCUGCGGAACAGAAUAUUACACAACGACCCGGAAGUAGAAAAGAAGCAAGGUUGGAUUACAGUUGGAGAGCUGGAGGGCUGUGUACAUUAUAAAGUUGUAAAAUAUGAGAGGAUUAAGUUCCUGGUGAUUGCUCUGAAGAACUCUGUGGAAAUCUACGCCUGGGCUCCUAAACCCUACCACAAGUUCAUGGCCUUCAAGUCAUUCACUGAGUUGCAGCACCGCCCCCAGCUGGUUGACCUGACGGUGGAGGAAGGUCAGAGGUUAAAGGUCAUUUAUGGUUCCAGCGUGGGCUUCCACGUCAUCGACGUGGACUCGGGGAACCCUUACGACAUCUACAUCCCCUCACAUAUCCAGAGCCAGGUGACGCCCCAUGCCAUCGUGGUCCUCCCUAAGACCGAUGGAAUGGAAAUGCUGCUGUGUUACGAGGACGAGGGCGUCUAUGUCAACACCUACGGUCGAAUCACCAAGGACGUGGUGCUACAGUGGGGAGAGAUGCCUACCUCUGUUGCCUAUAUCCAUUCUAAUCAGAUUAUGGGCUGGGGUGAGAAAGCCAUAGAGAUCCGUUCUGUGGAGACCGGGCAUCUGGAUGGAGUCUUUAUGCACAAGAGAGCGCAGAGACUCAAAUUCCUUUGUGAGCGAAAUGACAAGGUAUUCUUCGCAUCGGUGCGUUCGGGAGGUAGCAGCCAGGUCUUCUUCAUGACCCUCAACAGAAACUCUAUGAUGAACUGGUGAUGCCCUCCUCCCACUGUCUAACUCUGCCUCACUCUCCCAUUGGCCAGCCCGGGGCGACCAGCCCGGGCCCCCAUGGCAGAUCUUUCACAAAUGAACCCGAUUGGCUGAGAUGGCCACACGUGAACUCUUUUAACACCUGAGACUGAAAAAAACUAAAGUUAGCAUAGCAGAAAAACAACAAAGACAAAAAAAUGAAGAGACAUGAUACUCUAGAGUAUGUCGGGUCAAGCAGAAGCCAUCGUUACUCAACUGACUGGAAAACUGGUGCCACUGACUUUCCAAAUAUUCCUACUUUUCUCUGUCUCUGUCUGUAACUCAUUCCCCCUUCUCUCCAAACGGACCAGUGCAUUCAAAUGUACAAAUGUAGAAACACACGUUACACCCGCCUCCUUCUGUCUCCUUUCCUUUCUCAAUCCUUUGCUCCCUUCCCUCCUUUCCGAUCAAUCUUGCGGUCACUUUUUCACCCAUGUCUUCCAUUUUUCUCACUUCCUACCCCCCCCAAAGCAGAACUACAUCUCAGAGGUUGGAAGAAAUAGAUGAAUAAGAUUCAAUAUGAAUUUAAAGUUUGGAAAAUGUACUUCCAGACAUGACAGCGAAAGGGGAGGGCAGCCGAGGGAUGACAGAUCCAUUCUGGAUGUCGGCGAGCGGGCAUGCUGAAUGAUUUUCUUUCUCCUCUGUCACUCCCCUCCUGCUCCUCCUCCUCUUCUUCUUCUUCCUCCUCCCACCACCUUUUUUCGGGCUGUGAGUAUAAACGAAAUUGUGAUUAAAUGUUCAACCCUGCUGUCGUAGGCUGGGUGCAACAGUAUGCAACGAUGAUGUCCGUGUCCCUUUAAAAUGAAAUCACUGGUCCAUCCUGAUGCCUUCCCUCCUUUUUCCCCUCUUUCUCCGUCUCCUGUCACCCUCCACCACCAUCUCUCUGUUUUCACUCUUCCGUCUUUAAACUCUGAAGGUGCUGCAUCAGAUAUACUGUAAUAUUAAACGAACAACGAGAGCGUCAUUCUGUUUCUUUCUGUUCUUUUUCUUUUUCUGUGGCUGAGUCAGCCGGUCUUUGGAGCUUGAUAUGAAAUGUACAGCACAUCCGUGUCUCUGAAAUCAGGAGUGUGUGUUAACGGACGUACGAGUGUGUUCACUUAAAGUGUGUGUGUGUGUGAGUGUGUGAGUGUGUGUGUGUGCGCGCCUCGAGUUCGAAUCAAAGUUUGGGACAUCGAAAUCGUGUCCGGAGAAAAAAAAAAGAGUCAAAUAAAUUUGUGUGUCAACUUUUACCUUAAUGCGAUCGAAGCAAAACAUUGAGUGUGUUUACAUGCAGAUUUAUGAUAUUAUCUUCUUAGUAUGGAGUUUAUGAGUUGGUGUAUUUGAACACCAAGCAUUUUAAAAUAGGCAAUAUUAGUGUUUAAUUUUUUUUUUUUUCUGUUUCCUUUAACACAGUCGUGUUUUUUUUUUUGGCUAUUCACAAAUACAGCCACGCUGCUGUAGGGAAUAUGAAUAUGCAUAUAAACAGUUUAUCCUGAAUACAACCUCGACAGGAUAAGAGCUACUAUCCCGAAUACUGUGUGCAUGUGAAAGCGCUCAUUGUGAAAGCUGUGGUGUCCUUUUUGAAUCACGCUCUCUCUCUCUCUGAUUUUUCUGAGUUCUUCGGAUUUUGGCUCCGAAACUGUUUGUACAGUGCCUAGCAUGAUGUAAGCAAAACAAAAAACGGAGGCCAGAGAAAUGAUCACUCACGCUAUGAUUAAUCAUUUUAUUGCCUAUUUGGUUACUUUAUACUUCUUUUUGUUUUAUUAUCUAACUUUAACACAUUGCUGAAGUUAUUUGUCUCCUCUAAUGGAGAUUAACAAAUUUUAAGACUUGAUUUAUUCUUUGAAAGGAGUCACUGAAUGCGGUGUAAUAAAAAAAACCUCGCCAUUUCUUUCUAAAUAUUUGGUACAGCUCGAUCAUUAAUACAUAUUCAAUUUAUAACACUAUUGAAAGUGGACUGGUUCAUGCAUAUAUCCACAGUGGAUGCACAGUAAUGCAGAUUUUUUCUGGUGGAUAUGCUGCAGUUUGGCACAAAAAAAUAAAAAUAAGACUCAUUCCCCAGUGAUUUCUCUGCUAAAUCAUGUUCUUCUAUAUUUUCGAGGACUUUUUUUUGUUCUUACACAUUCACAGUCGCACAGUGUUCCUGUGCAGCUGCCGUGUAAAGUUCACUGAGCUCUGUUUUAGCAAUAAAGAGCCGAGAUGAAGAAACCACUGUCUUCCCUGUGUGUGUGUGCACACAUGCAUCUAUGUAUGUGUGUGUGUGAGAUCAAUGAGCGAAGUGUGAAUGGGGUGUUUAUUAUUAUUAUUAUUAUUAUUAUUACGUUGUGUCCAUUAUGGAAUUCACUCUUCCCAUUUGGAAAACGCUGAUGGUCAUUACACUGAGGACUCUCCUUUCAAAGACGAAAACCUUUUAUCCUGUUCAUGUCUUAUUUGUUUUCUUUAAUUUUGAAAGAGCAUUACUAAUGUCCUGUUUUGGGAUUUAUUUGUUUUGUAAAAAGAGAAGCUGUAUGAGAGAAAUAAAUGAAACUAGAGCAUUA